AUGGCGCACCAGCCCUUCAAACCGGAAUUCUCGGAUCUCGAUUACGCGGACGUGGACUACAGGUCGUACGGGCCGAUUAACUAUAAGGCCGCCAGUAUCGCGCUUCUCCAAAAUCGGCAGCAGCAGCAGCAGCAGCAGCAGCAACAGCAACAACAACAAGCGCAACAGCAGCAGCGACUUUUGGAGAGGAGGCCGCAGAUGUACGGCCAUUUUCAUCCCGAGAUAUUUGUCAUUUUCUGUUUAACGCAGCCCUUCAAACCGGAAUUCUCGGAUCUCGAUUACGCGGACGUGGACUACAGGUCGUACGGGCCGAUUAACUAUAAGGCCGCCAGUAUCGCGCUUCUCCAAAAUCGGCAGCAGCAGCAGCAGCAGCAGCAGCAACAGCAACAACAACAAGCGCAACAGCAGCAGCGACUUUUGGAGAGGAGGCCGCAGAUGUACGGUGCUUCGGACGAUAACGAGGAAUUGCUUUAA